AAACCAGACUGGAAUCCAAAUAUGAAACUGUCAUUGACAGUUGGAGGAGGGUGCACCCGAUAGCUAGAUUAAUUUUAUUUGUGUAUCUAGCAAGCUUAUUUUCCACACAUGAUCAGUGAACAUUUAGGCUAACAUACUUGUAAACAACAGAUUUUGCAAGCAGGAAUAACAAUGUCCAUCGUGACAGUACAACUUGGACAAUGUGGCAACCAGGUAGGCCAAGACAAGAGUUGUGAGAGGUGAUCAGCAAUGAUGUAAAUGAUACGCAAAGAAACGUUUACAGUGAAUACAGCAGGGAGCGGUUCUUCAAUGAGACUGCCAAUAGAGGUAGGUUAGCUAUUCCUAAUGAUAAUAAGCUGGUGCUCCUCUUCUAACAUGUAAACUCAACAAAUGUGUAUUUAACAUUUAAUGUUGUCUUUGGAACCCAAAGUAAUCUCACAAGAGUAUUGCAAAGGCUGCCAAAUCUGGGAAGUGGAGAUAUGGGGACCAUUCACACUUCAGUCAGAAACAGGGAUCUGGAAACAACUGGGCAAAUGGGUAGUUUAUGGGCUGGCCACCUUGUAAUUAUAAAGGCUCUGAGUUUUUCAUGACCACAUGACAUUAUAGGAAAAACUGGUCAGGUGACAUCAUGUGGUUAGGAAAAACUCUGUGCCCCACAGCAGUGUCCAUAGCACUGUAAUAUGACAACACUGUGUUUUCCUUUCUUUGUGUGUGGAUACUGUGUCCAUGGACCACGUCAUGAGGAGUUGGUGGUGGACAUCGUGAGGAGAAAGGUGGAGCGCUGUGACCGUCUGGCAGGAAUCAUGGCCAUGAUGAGUGUGGCGGGGGGCACAGGGUCAGGGGUGGUAACAUAUGCCACUCACUGUCUCCGGGAUGCCUACCCAAACUCCUUCAUCCUCAACCACCUGACAUGGCCCUAUGACACUGGAGAGGUGAUUGUUCAGAACUACAACUCUGUGCUCACACUGUCACACCUCUACCAGCUCUCAGAUGCCAUCCUGGUUCACAAGAUCUGCGCCCAGCCUAUGAAUAUCAAACACAUAUCAUUCAGUGACGUCAACAAAGUCAUAGCCCACCAGCUAGGGAGUGUUCUGCAGCCUGCACUCACUGGUGACUCCCAUGGUGUCUACAAUAGAAACCCCAUAGGUGAACUGAUAAGCGGCCUGGUGUGUCACCCAGAGUACAAGUUGCUCAGCGUCUGCAACAUUCCCCAGGUGUCCAGCUCCUCCAUGGCUUACAGCGUGUUCACCUGGUCGGGCCUGCUCAAACACCUACGUCAGAUGCUCAUUGCCAAAGCCAAAAUGGACUAUUAUUUUUCAGGCAUCAACUGGCAGUUGCGAGCCCCCUCUCUCCAGCCUGAAGGGGUAGAGAGGACCAAGAGUCACAGACGACCAGGCUUCAACACCUCCCUGGCCAACCUGCUCAUACUGCGGGGGAAGGAUGUGAACAGUGCAGAGAUAGGUGGAUUUCAGGAUCCGACCCUAUAUACCCCCUUGCUUCCAACAGAUGAGACUUUCAGCAUGUGGAAAACUCCAGUCCCCUUUAACAAGUAUGAGAAGUCUGCUACACUGGUCAGCAACAGCCAGGCUCUGCUGAGGCCUCUGGACAACAUGAUGGGGAAAGCCUGGAACAUGUUUGCUUCCAGGGCCUACAUUCAUCAGUACACUAAGUUUGGAAUCUCAGAGGUAGAUUUCCUUGUUAGCUUCACAUCUCUUGAACAGGUCAUCUCUAGCUACUGUCUGCUUUGGACCAGUAAGAUACUGUUUGGAUAUGACUAA